GUCUUGGUUCUCUUAUUCUACAUUUGCGGCCAAAGACUUCACCUUACAGCCGUUCGCUUUGCCGGGCUUCGCCGCGAUUAUUCACCAAGCCAAAUCUGGGUGUCACCACAUGUCACCCGGACGCUGGUGGGAAGUGCUCCCAAAGGGGGAGUUGUGGUGACCGUCAACAAUAUCGCCCAUGCUCACGAAUCCACUCUGAAACAAUUUCAAAACUUGACGCGCUGGCCGCCAGCGAAGCUUCUGAAUGCAGGCAAAGAUUGCUGGCAGCCCUGUGGAAAUGUUUCUGGCGAUUGCUCCUGGUGCGGUCUCGGAAAUGCAUGCUGUCGCUUCAAUGCGAAAAACGAUCCCGAUGAAUGCACAGGUGUCACCUUUACAGUGAAGGACCGUCACACCUGCGUCAGCCCUGUGGCGUACCAUGCGUUGAAACACGCAAAGCAAGACUGCCUUGGGCCGUGCCAAAAAUCUGGCUACUGUGAGUGGUGCGGCACAGGACACUCGUGCUGCAUGGAGAGUGCUACCUCGAUCGAAGCUCCUGAAUGUCGUGGUGCUUUCGGAUUCCACAGCCACAACAGGUACGAAUGCGUUGCCACUUUGGGAUCCUGUGAGUUCCUGGAGGUGGCUGAUGGACAAGCAUGCAAGAAGCCAAAUAAGCCGCAAACAUUGGCCUUCUACAUGUACAAAGCAGCUGGCCCUGAUUAUCCGAAGAUCUUCAACCAGACGGGAAGUUUGGGUUCACUGGGUGGCGUGAUGUGGUAUUUGCACAAUCAUGUCAUCACUCAAUGUCCACGACGAUAUGGUAUUGACCGAAUCCGCAGAUACUUUGUUACGGUGAAGUCCACCGACGCGCUCUAUGCGGCCACGGCCAAGAUGUUUGACCGCUAUUCAGAUUUUGACAAUGGCGAAGCACAAGAGUAUUGGAGUAGAAGUCACUGGACCAAGUAUGGCUACAACCCCGGUUGUCUUCACGUUGAUCGCGAGAAGAGCAGAGCAGCCUACCACGAUGCAGUGUGGUACUCGUUGCCGGGCAGAUGCCCCUCAAGGGACCUGUACAGCACGACGGCAAAGUGCUUAAGAGACGAGCCAGGUGGCAACUGUGAUGCCCCCAAUGGAACCAGUACUUGUACUUGGCAUGCUCAGUUUGCUGGGGAGGUCUUCCUUGACGAGCUUGCGGGGAUUACGGACCAUGCAACUUUCUGCACAAAUGGAAACUACGAGUUCGAUCUUGAGACCGAUGCUGGCAUUGGCAAUGACUUUUGGAAUGACAAGCUGAGCGCAGCGGAUUGCGACAAUCGAAUGAAGCGGGUCUACCAAUUGUUCGAGGAAAAAUAUCCAUCAAUGCCACACGCCCUCAAUCGGCAUCCAUGUGAUGCAGAUGUGUCGUAG